AUGGAGGCGUUUGGAGUCAAUACGCUCACUUCGGACCCUCGACUUGUCGUUUUCAAGCGGCAUUCAGAAUAUUGGGAGUCCAUUUACAGCGUCUCUACCGCCUCGGUAGCGUCGUUGAGCAGCGUCGCUGCAAGCUUGUCCUCUUCCAUGGCCUCGCCGACGCCCACUGGCACAUUGGGAGGUGGCAUAAGCUCAUCUUCAGGGCAAUUCCCAGCUGUUACGACCCAGAUUAUCACAACAACGCUUGCCACAGGCGGCUCGACGCUCCUCACAACAUUUACCACGACGUCGCUACUGUCAGAGCCCACUUCCUCUCCUACCGGGACCACCUCUUUGUCAUCUACAUUCACUGGAUCCAUCUCUACGACGCUUACAACGUCGUCAACGGCCGCACCCACCCCGCAGGCACAGAUUGGUGCAACCGACCAGGCAGUCUGCGCCGGCCAGGGCCUCGAUACGCAAGCGAUUGGUGUGUUGACAACACUCAUCUUUAGUGCAGCAGUUGGGCUUCUCAUAUGGCUCAUAUUUGCCAUUCUACGGCCUCGCGUUCGUUCCCUAUAUGGCCUUCGCGAGUGGUUCCUUGCGCCAGGUUUACGCCCGCCAGCCCUGUCGAACGGCUUCUUUGCAUUCUUACACCCUCCAGUCCCGCUCGUACCUUCUCUCCCAUCCUCUGGUGACAUUGACGACGCCCGCGAAGCGCGUGUCAAUCCUCAACCAGGCCAAGCGCUUGCGGACCCGGCGCAACUACUCGCGGGGGACGAACAACUCGCUCAACGUACGCUCUGGGUAGUCUUUCUCAUCUGCCUCGUGUGGUCCUUUAUCGCGCUCGCCAUCGCUCUUCCCAUCUACCUCGUCGAGACGCCGUGUCUCCCGCAUUCAGGCCCCGACAUUCAAUAUGGUGGCCGCUACGGAACCCUUAAUGAUCUCAGUAUAAUGCGUCUACUUCGAAUGCUCGACAAUGGUUCGAUAAAUGGAGCAAACACGUCGAAAUGGGUUGGCUUGUUCUGGAAGCGACUCCUCGACCAAAACGGAAACGAUUUGGCACCAAACGCGUAUGGGAGGCUCAUCGGGCUCUGUGUGAUCAUCGUCGUAUUGGCCAUUCUACCCGCUCUGUGGAAGCUGUGGAAGGAAUUCAGUCAGCUCGUCAUCUAUCACAAGGCGUGGGAUGAAGGUCGUUGCGAGGGAUACGAGAUGGGCUACCUCAGCUGUGGUACAGGCAACAGUGCUCUUCUUGGAACCAGAGGAGGCGCGUGGGGUUGGCGAGGAUGGGGAGAGGGCAAAGUCAAGGCCUUUUUCCGAAAGGCUGGUCUUGGUGGUGGCUCGGGACUUCGUUAUGAUAAUCGGACGGCUGCUGCGGCUGGAAAUGAAAAUUCGGCACUUCUCAGCCCAGAUGCAAAUGGUCGACGUCGCCAGCGCGGACAGCCAAGUCCUGGGAGCAGCGAAGAACGAGGAGAUGCAGAGAUCAAUGUAACUUCGGUCUUUACUGUCGGCGAUACAAGUCGCUUGGCGCAACUUUUGGAUGAACGAGAUAUCAUUCUCGACAAUCUUGAAGUAGCAGAGACUCGCUAUAUCAGCUCAUUUCAGGCAAUCACCCCAUCCCCUUCUCCAUCCCUUCGUUCUACCGUACCUUUACCGACAUCCAAAGGUGAAGAGACACAAGAGAGCUCGUCGGACGCUCAAGGUGGCUUCUUGGCCAACCUGACAAAUCGAAUCAAGCCGCGUCCAGAUAGCGUCGCAAGCACGUCGUCGGAUCCGAAUCGAGAUCUCAAAGCACGAAUCAGUCGACCGAGACCCCUCAAGGGAAGCUAUAGUCGAAGUCGCAAGGGCUAUACGCCAAUGUUAGCGGGCCCUAUAUAUCCCCCAUCCAUCAGUAACAAUCCAACCACUGUGCGAGGAAGAGGACGGAGUCGGUCGGGGUCAACGGGUACGGCGGUAAAGUCUGAUAAGACGCCGACUACCUACCUCGCCCCUAGUCAGUACUACAAACUCAAUGGAGUGCGAGGCGUGUCUAGUGGUAGGGCUUCGGAGGAGAAUCAAGGGGAGAAUGGAAAGAAUGGACUCAGUGCUGCCAUCAAGGGUCGCCUCACUGGUACAAAGUUCCUCGAAGUGAACAGAGACUCUACGAUUCAUGGCAAAAUUCCUGUUGGUAGUCGUAUGGCUGUCGACGAACAGGGUGUUUUAACACCCUUGGAGUUAUCCAAAGGUCCCAACCAUGGAGCCGAGGAGACGCUGAUUGGAGAUGACGCGGCACACGAUGAUGGUUUACAUCGAUACUCCCCAGAAGAGGAUACGAUCCCUGAAGAUAAUGAAAUGGUUCUCGUCAACGACGCCUCGGAGAUUCCAACAGAUCAUUUCGCCAAUCCAUCAAGAGCGCGUCCACGACCUCCCAAGGCAAACUUGACCACUGUCUCCAGGGAUACCUUCCCGAUGAGGACUGGCAGAGGGCAGGGGGCAGGACGAGAGGAAGAGCCUCCACAUUUGCGUGUCCAAGCACAACAGCCCUUCCAUCGUCCCAUCUCUGGUCUCGACCAUGAUGCGCUCGGUGCUAUUUAUACGGAUAUUCGACACUGGCGUGGUGCCCUCAAGGCGAUCAACAAGGAGAUUGCCGACGCUCAAGAGCAAGGGUACGAGGAUCUUGCCCAAGGGCGAGGAAUCAAAGGCUGGAUUUUGGUUGGAAAGGGCCUGCGUUUCCUUCCGGGUGUCGAGAUGAUAGAGGGCCGGAGUAAAGAGGACAUUCGCUGGGAUGAGAUUCAACGUGGAGGCGGAUUUUGGAGUAAUAUCGCGUUCUGGACGGCAGUUUUUGUCAUUGGAAUGUUCCUGGGCAUCGGGCUACUCGCGGCUGCUGGGCUCGCUCUGGCGACAUCUCCAGAUCUGGUUCACUACUUGCCAUUCCUCAGUCCCGUUGUUGCGCAUAACAACAUUCCAAGUGGGCUCGCUACUGCGCUGGCGCCUGCCGUCGCCGCGAGUAUCUUUGUCGGACUGGCCAUGUUUGGCAUCCACCGAGCGGCUCGCCACAGCGGCUCCGUAUCCGUGACCGUAGUGCGGAUCAAGGCCUUCAAAGCAGUCUUCUGGGUCAUUGUCAUCGUUGCGGGUGUUUGGCUCGUAGCGGCUGCAUCUCUGCUCUUUGGUGCGCACGCACUCGACCAACGUUCCAACGAGGCGCCUUCCAUCGCCAACGGUUCAAUUGCCGUUGCACUCCUUCUCUUGUUGAUUACCAUCAAUAUUGCCAUCAUCGUCCCCGGUCUCCUACUGCUCCAGCCUGUGCGGCUGUGGAAGCAGUAUCGACGCAAGAAAAAGGCAGUCACACCGAGGCAGCAUUUUAGAGCGGUAUAUCCGCAGAUGUACAACCCAGUCUACGCGAUGGGUUGUUGCAUCUUGGGAAUUGUGUUCGUCGCUGCUUUCGCAGUGCUCUUCCCCCUUAUCGCACCUGCCGUUCUGCUCCUCGUCCUGCUGACUCUGGUUGCUCAUCGGUACCUAGUUGGCUACGUCUAUGGACGCACCGACUCGGGCCAAACCGGUGGUCUCCUCCAACUUUGGGUUAUCCGUCGUUUCGCCACACUGCUAGCCCUUCAACCAAUUCUUUUGGGCUUGAUUCUCAUGGCGCAUCGCAAAUGGAUACUUGGAGGCAUCAUGGUUGGCAUAGCAGUUGUUAUCGUCAUCCUCGUCGAGUGGUAUUGCUACAAAAAGCUCAAGAAACCCGGGCUAGACACUCUCAGCCCUAUCACUCGAGAUGCUGUUGAUGCCUAUAUACAGAGUGCGCGACCGGCUGGUCGUUUGUUUGGCAGCGAGAAGAAUGGCACCUCGGUUUCAUCCGAGACCAAGGGUAAAGGACGCCGAGCCAAAAAAUGGGUCGAUUUCAAGUGUCCUUGA